UCCUUCCUUUUUUCUGUUUACUUUCGAACCAACGAGAAAAAAAAAAAAAAAAGAGGUUCCUCUCCCUUUGUCUUUGUUCUAGAGCGGUUACCAGAUUGCCAAAAAAAAUAAUUAGGGCAAAAUGGAUCCCCAAUUCUUUUUCUUCUUUCAUCUUCACCGUCGCCAUAGAAGAAGGUUUAAACAUAAUCAAAUUCUGCUUCGCGUUCUUGGUUAGAAAUCAACAAUGUUCGAUUUCUGGCGACGGUGGUGGUGGUGACUGGUUCAAACAGAAACACCUUCUACCGUCUUCUAUGGCCACGGUGGUGGUGGUGGUUCACUUACACGGCGGUGGUGGUUCUAUCUUUCGUGUUUUGCGGUUACUUCGCGGAAUCCGUUUAGCUUCUCAAUUGUUUGAAUUAAUCUUGCAAUAUGAUGAACAAAUCACAGGGGAAAAACUUGGAACACCUAAGAAUCCCACUUAGUGAAAUAAAGUUGGCGACUAGGAAUUUUGCAGAAACAAAUCUUAUUGGCUCGGGUGGAUAUGGUAUGGUGUACCGAGGAGAACUUGAUCAUUAUGAUAUUAAAAAUUCCUUGAAUAGAGAAGAGAAAAAUAGAGAUGUAUGGCCAAAAAGGCGUAGCAUUGUAGCUAUUAAAUGCAUCCUAGGCACACAAGGAAAGCAAGGAUUCUUUGCAGAAAUUGAAAUGCUUACUAAUUGUAAGCAUCAGAACAUUGUCUCUCUUCUUGGUUUUUGUGACGAAGAUCGUCAUAUGAUCCUUAUUUAUGAGCUUGUUUCCAAUGGAAGCCUUGAUGAUUAUUUGGGAAGCACAACUAACUACAUCAAUCUAACAUGGGCUCAACGCAUACAUAUAUGCCUUGAUAUUGCCCAUGGAUUGGAUUAUCUUCAUACCAACACUAAGGACAAGCCAACCAUUGUACAUCGAGAUAUAAAGAGUGCGAACAUUCUAUUGGACAACAAUUGGAAUGCGAAGAUUGCUGACUUCGGGUUGUCUAAACUACACCCUCUGAAUCAAAUAGGUAGCACCCUUAAGACUAAUAAUUUAGCUGGCACAGAAGUGUAUAUGGAUCCAGAAUAUAUGAAGACGGGUAAGUUGAAGAAAGAAUCUGAUAUAUACUCUCUUGGAAUAGUAUUAUUUGAAAUAAUGUGUGGGAGGCUUGCAUAUGAUGAGUUUUUCUAUGUCGACAAUGACAAGGGGAUUCCAUCCGUUGCACGACGUCUCUUUAGCGAGGGAAGAUUAAAGGAAAUGGUUGAUCCAAACAUAAAGCAAGCUUAUGGAAAUAUCUUGAUGAUAAACCGAGGACUCAAUCAAGAUUCUUUGGACACAUUUUCAAAAAUAGCAUAUCAAUGUGUGGAAGAAGCUCAAUCAAGGUGCCCAACAAUGGAAAUUGUCAUCACUGAACUUGAAAAGGCAUUAUUCUAUGAAGAAAACCACAAAGACAAUCUCAAAAUAUCAGUUGAAGACAUCAAAUUGGCAACACAAAACUUUGACGAUAAGAAUUGUGUGGGAAGUGGAAGAUACUGGAAGUCAUACAAGGGGCAAGUUUCACAUUCUAACAGUGAUGGACAUACAGCUGUUGUUGUAAAGCGGUGGGAUACCAAGUUUGAUCAAAGAGACCAUCAAUUUUUGUCCGAGCUAGAUAUUCUUUUCAAGUUUAAGCACAAGAAUAUCAUUGAUGUCGUGGGCUAUUGUGAAGAUAAAGAUGAGAGAAUUGUUGUUUAUGAGAAUAUGUCUAAAGGGAGUCUUGAUAAGUAUUUAAAUGAUGCUAGUUUUACAUGGAUUAAACGCCUAAAGAUAUGCAUCCAUGUUGCAAGAGGAUUGGAGAUUCUACAGCAAGGUAAAGCUGAAACAGGCGAGACAGUGAUACAUGGGAGAAUCAGAAGUGCUAACAUUCUAAUAGAUGGUGACUGGAACGCAAAAAUUUCAAAUUUCGACAUGGCCUAUAUGUAUCCACAGAGUAAGAGUAAGGAAAUCGAUGAUGCCAUCAAUGACGGUAAUGAACUAUUGGGUUACCUGGACCCACAGGAGAUGAUGAAUAUCGUAUUUCCCCCUUCGGAUAUAUAUUCAUUGGGUGUGGUUUUACUUGAGAUUUUGUGUGGGAGAUUGGCAUGGCCAGAGAAAUGUGAGGACCACUCUCAAUCUUUAGGCCCUUUGGCUAAAAGUCGCUAUGAUGAAGGAAAACUUGAUGAGAUGGUGUUUGAAGGUAUAAAGGAACAAAUUGUACCUAAAUCAUUGACUACAUUUCAGCUGAUUGCAUACAAAUGCUUGAAUGAUGAUCUUGAAAGGCGGCCAAAGGCAUUGGAGGUGGUAGUGGAACUUGAGAAGACAUUGGAAUUCCAGGAGGAUGUUGAAAUAUGGAAGACCAAACUGCCUAAAGAUUACAAAGAAAUACUUCAAAUGUCAAAUGUCUCGAGUAACUACUCUGACAAAAACAACAAGGAGCUCUAUGACAUGUUCAAUAAUGGAAUGCUCAUUCAAGAGAACAAUGUGUGGUUUUCACUGGGUGAGAAUGGAGAAAGAAAUGAAAUGAUAUCAGCAAGAAAAUUUUGGUACCAAAGGCGGUGGUCACGUAAAUGGCGAACUGUUCCACAAUCAAGGUUCCCAAAAGUAGCGGAGAUACAAGACAUUUCGAAUUUAAUGAUUCAAAUCAGGAUAAAACCUCAGUUUUUAUCUCCAGGUGUCAAUUACAAGGUUCAUCUCAUCUUCAGAUUUUGUAGUUUAACAAGAUCUCGAGCUAAACGGAUGUAUGUGAAUUUGAAGUACAAAAAAGGGAAGGAAACCUUACAUGCAUAUUUUGGAACAUGGAGAGAUGAUGACUGGAUGAUGAUUGAAUUAUGCCAGUUCUUGUAUUGUAGGGAUGACAAUGAUUUCGAGGUUCUACUAGAAGGUUUUUCACGAUGCUAUUGUGGAAGUAACACCAUCUAUGUCCAAGGAAUUGAGUUUCAAGCCAUUGACAAUGCCAUACAUGAAAACAUAGAUGAGAAGUUAAAGGGAAUCGAAGCAACCGAAAAUGCAAGCUUUGAAGUAUUGAAACAUGUGGAAAUCCAGAAGACGGAGUUACAUGAAGUAAAUGCGAGUUUUAAUAACAUAGAUAACUUGAAGCAAAUCUGGAAAUCAAACAGAAAGGGAUAUAAGUGGUGGUACUUGCUUAGCAAAAUAAAUGAAAAGAAAGAUCAUAUGCUAAGUGAGGUGAACACAAAAAAAGAUCAUAUGCUAAGUAUAGUGAACACAGAGAAAGAUUAUUUGGGUUCUGCAAAGGAGGCUUUUACCGACUCUUUUGACAAGGGACCUUUUAACUUAGAACCAUUAGCGCAAUACAGGGUUGCAACUGAGUAUGAAGAAUUGCAUAAGCCAUCUGAAAACUAUGACGACUGUGAAGAGUCAAUGUUACUAAGCAAAGUGAAUGACAAGAAGCAUCUUAUGCUAUCGGCGAAGGAGAUUCUGUACAACUAUACAAUACUGAAGCUUAUUCAUUUGAAAGCCUCUGCCCGAUCCAGAUUUCAAGAGGUGGUGGAGCUGCUGCCACAACAAGUACUCCGUAUCAAGUGCAGGAUUAAAAGUCAAAUACUACAACCUAAUACAGAAUAUGUAUGUUAUCUCGUGUUCAAGUUUUCCGAAAAGUGCUUUGGGCUCCAUUGCCCGCUGAUAGUACGAGAUCUAUACAACUGGAGGGACAAAGAAGCUGGAGUCGUUUAUUUCAUAUGCCCAAGCUAUUGGAAUUUACAUGAUUAUGUUCCAGAAAAGAGGGAAGAUGGAUGGAUGGAGGUUAUUGUUUGGAAAUUCAAUUCAACUUUGAGACUGCGAGAUGAUUUUGUUCCUGUUCAUUUGAAGAUGAUAACUUAUGAAGGAACUUUGUCCGGCCUUAUUUUAUGCGGCAUGGAGAUUCGGGCAAUGUCCUAAUAUCUGUUUCUAAUAAAUCUAUGUACCCGUACUUUUAAAGUUAUGUAAACCACAAUAACAUUUAGAAUUAUUAUAUUGAAUCUGUUUAGUAA